CACAGAAGCCACUCGCCGGUUACCAGCUCAGCUUUUGUCUCGCCGCACCUCGGAGGGCGCCCUCCCACCGCAGAACUCCCAGAAAACCGCCGAUCUGCCUCCUCGCAUUCCCUGGCUUGCCACCCACGGCGCUGCCCCGCAUCCCGCUCCCUGCCAACAGCCGGAGAGCAGAGCUUACGUGGAGUUGUGGAAGCCAUCUAUAAUUCUGCUUGCUGAAUUGAUGGAGAAGUCUACAAAUGAUGGAAAUCAUUCAGAAGAAUUCUCAGACUCUCUCAAAAAUAGAUCAGAGAGUGAAUGUUUACCACCGUCUGCCAGUGAAAGCCAUCUCAUCUGGUACUCACCUCAAUAUCAGGGGAAAUUGAAUUCUCUGAUUUCAGGCCCAAAGCAGGAUAACCUCAAUGAAAAGGCUGAAUUGAAAGCAACACUUACAGAAGCUGAACUGGCAGCUUCUUCUGUAGAAUUACUUAAAGACACCAUUGAAGAGAUUAGUUUUGAAAAUGCUCAUCUUUCUGCAUCUAAUUUGAAGAUUGCUAAACAGAAGGAAAUAUUAACCAAAGAAUUAGACACUUUCAAACCUGCGAACAUAGCUUUAGACCAUCUUAGAAACAUAGACUACAAACAAACAGGAGACUCUUUCUCCAGCAUGUUCUUAGAGAAUCUAUCUGACAGUGAAGAUGAAAACAUUAAUCUUCAGAAGAAGAUACUUGAAAAGGAGACCUAUAUCCAAGAGCUGUCUUCCUUAUUUCAGAAUGAAAAGGCAAAUACUUUGAAAGCCAACCGUUUGUCUCAAUCAGUAAAAUUAGUGCAUGAACGACUGCAGUUCCAAAUUCAUAAAAAGGAAGCAGAGAAUGACAAGUUAAAAGAAUACAUAAAGAGCUUAGAAACCAAGAUUGCCAAGUGGAACUUACAGUUGAGAACCAGUAAGCAUGAGAUGAUAGCAAUGAAAAAAGCAAGUAAGCAAAAAGCUGUAGCUCUAAAAAAGGCAUCUAAAAUUUAUAAACAAAGGCUUGAACAUUUUACAGGAAAUAUUGAAAACAUUACUUCCCAGAUUAGAGACCAGGAAGCCAAAUUGUCUGAAACAGUUUCAGCUUCUAAUGCCUGGAAAAGUCAUUAUGAGAAAAUUGCAAUAGAAAAAACAGAAUUGGAAGUUCAGAUUGAAACAAUGAAAACGCAAAUAGUUCAUCUUUUGGAGGACCUGAAGAAAAUGGAAACCCACGGAAAAAAUUCAUAUGAAGAAAUUCUUAAAAAGCUUCAGUCAAUUGAGCAUGAAAAUGAAACUCUGAAUCUUGAGAAUACAAAGUUAAAGACUACACUUGCUUCUUUGAAGGAUGAGGUGGUUUCUGUUGAAAAUGAACUCUUAGAAUUACAAGAAGUGGAAAAACAACAGAAAGCCCUUAUUGAAGUAUAUAAAACUCAGGUACAAAAGUUGCAAGAAGCAGCUGAAGUGGUGAAAAAAAGAUGUGAAAAUUUGCUACAUGAAAAUAAACUAAUAACAAAAAGCAAAGAUAAAAAAUUAGAGAAGAUGAGAGGCCAGAUGGAGUCUCAGAUGCAGGAGUUAGAGCACGUGCGCGAGUCCUUGACGGCGGCCAAGAGGAGGCUUCGCGAGUGUCAGGAGAGCCUGCAGCGCUGCAAGGGGACGUGUGCAGACCAGGCGCACACCGUUAGGCAGCUGCAGGGCCAGGUUGAAGGAAAUCACAGUCUUCUAGCAAAGCUCUCUCUGGAAGAGGAAAAUUAUCUUAUUCAGUUGAAGUGUGAAAACCUUAAACAAAAAUUGGAACAGAUGGAUGCGGAAAACAAAGAGCUUGAAAAGAAGCUGGCAAACCAAGAAGAGUGUCUUAAGCAGAGCAAUCUGAAGUUUAGAGAGAAAUCUGCAGAAUACACAGCCUUGUCCAAGCAACUGGAAGCUGCUUUGGAGGAAGGCAGACAAAAGGUCUCUGAAGAAAUAGAGAAAAUAUCGUCUAGAGAGAGGGCUUUACAAAUUAAAAUAUUAGAUCUGGAAACUGAGCUUAGAAAGAAAAAUGAAGAACAAAAUCAACUUAUUUGCAAAAUGAACAAUAAAGCUCAUCAUCAGGAAGUGUGUUUGAAAGAAAUACAACAUAGCCUUGAGAUGUCGGAGAAUCAAAAUGAGAGUAUUAAGAAUUAUUUACGGUUUCUUAAAACUUCUUAUGUAACAAUGUUUGGAUAAAUUAUGGAAUUUAUUUUCUAAGAGCAGUAGGAUUUUACUAUGCCUCUAAAAUGUGAAUUGGUAAGAAGGAUGUAAAUAUGUUACCAGUUGUUAUAUUUUAGGAUUUACAGGUAGUAGUAUCAGAGUUUUUAUGUAGAGAUUUUUGAAACAUUAUUUUUAAUUUGAAACUUUAAAACAAGGUAACUUUUAAUAUGGAUAAUUUUUUUUCUGGAUAAUUCUCAUGUAGCUCUGGUGUGAUUCCUUUUAAAAUUAUAUUGGCUUCUAGAAUAUUUUUCACACACACAUAGAAAUCAGAAUCAUUCUUUGAAAGAUUUGUGACUACCAUUCUUCUAAAUUUAUUAUAAAUUUAGGCCAAUUA